AUGGCACUCGUCAAGUUCUGGCUGCUACUAUGCUUAGUUCAGGUAGCCUGGUCUCAACCAUCCAACGAAUCUGAGUCUCUGUUAUGGGGUGCCUACCGUCCGGGCCUGUACUUUGGGCUUCGGCCAAGGCUCCCGCAAUCACUCAUGACCGGCCUCAUAUGGUUUGGUACUCAAGACUUCAUGUCUGUCAGCCGGCCGCGACACGCGUGUGACCAAGGCGACGGUUUGGAGGGGUAUACUUGGACGGAAUACGACCCCCGGAAGGGAGGCGUUCAAGUACUGAAUGAUAAGCCGAACAAUGUCAGGGUCACUACAGAGUUGAUCAAAGUGCCUGGCGGGCACAAUGGUGGCAGCUGGGCCGCUCGUAUACGAGGAGAGCCAAUGAAUCCCGCCCAUCCUUGCCGAACCUCGUUCAUAUUCUACGCUGGGCUGGAGGGACUUGGUGGGCUGGACAUGGAGACAGACGAGGACGAAAACGGAUUGGAGGGACCAGUCAAAUUCUCUGGUACAUCACCAGACUUGGACGAAUUCAUACUUCGCAUCGUAGAUGGGCCCGACAAUAAGCAGGUUACAGAUGGUCCCUACUCGCACCUGUUCACCGACCGGAUCGGUAAGACGCACUUUCUUGGACAACGCAUUCCUUCAGGACAGAUUUGGAAAGCAAGAGACUUCAUAAUGCAGAACAUAAUUCAGCGCGCCCAGGGAAUAUUACAGGGGUAUAAAGAGCCUCAAAAAGGAGCCCCUGAUCCCUCCUUCGUGCUUCAGUUGACGGACGAAACGUUAUUCGGAAGCAAUCUCUACGCCGUGCAGAAGACGUUAGACGGGGAAUUUCAAUUCGACGUGUUUUUCGAGAGUGCAAGUGCAAAUCAUAAGCUUGACUCAUCCACCCUGGACAAAGGAAUCCCAGCACUGCUGAAGACAUUCGACGAACGCUUCAAUGUGGUGUUCCCGGUGUCUGAUUCCUACCCGACAUCCGAGCACGAGGGUCUUCAGGCAUUUUCCAAGGCGAUUACCUCCAACCUAAUGGGCGGUAUCGGCUACUUCUACGGAACGUCUAUUGUAGAUAGAGGCUUUGCCUAUGAAUGGGAUCAGGAGGAUGAUGCCUCGGAUGACGAGGACGAGGAGAAGACGGCCAGGGGAGCACGUUUGACAGAGCCCCGGGCACUUCUGACCGCAACACCUAGCCGUAGCUUUUUCCCGAGAGGCUUCUAUUGGGAUGAAGGAUUCCACCUUCUCCACAUUGGCGAGUGGGAUAAUGAUUUGAGUUUGGAGAUUUUGAAGGAUUGGGUCGAUCUCAUCGACGAAGAUGGCUGGGUGGCGCGUGAGCAGAUUCUUGGUGAGGAGGCUCGAAGCAGGGUGCCUGCAGAAUUCCAGACACAGGUCCCUACUAAUGCCAAUCCUCCGACCCUUACAAUGGCCAUCACCGCAUUCAUCGCCCGUCUGCAGUCGUCUUCAGGCCCAUCGGACGCAGAACUGGGAAUGGACUUGGGCAUGGGAGGCUCGCAAGUGCCUCUCGCGUCCGGUGAAAACGUCCGCUCCGGGGCUGGCAGCAAGUAUUUGGAGUCUCCCGAGCUCGCGCAGGCGUUCCUUAGGUCUAUUUACAAGCCUCUGAAACGCCACUAUGAGUGGUUCCGUCGUACCCAGCGCGGUCAAAUCAAGCAGUACGGGAGGAAAGCUAGGUCACGCAGCGAAGCGUACCGCUGGCGAGGAAGGUCUGCUACGCAUGUGUUGACUAGCGGUAUGGACGACUAUCCUAGGGGACCGCCGAGUGCAGGAGAACUGCAUUUGGAUCUUAUAUCAUGGAUGGCCUUCUUCACGAGGACCAUGAGGGAGAUCUCAGGGUUCCUUGGCGAAGAGGAUGAUGCGGCGUCCUAUGCAGAAAUUGAGACUGCUAUCCUGAACAACAUCGACGAUUUGCAUUGGAGCGAAGAGAACCAGAUGUACUGUGAUGUGGGCGUCAAUGAUGAAGAUGAAUCGUACCAUGUGUGCCAUAAAGGCUACCUAUCUAUUUUCCCUUUCCUAUUGUCGCUCCUGCCACCCGAGUCACCUCAGCUUGGGGCCAUUCUCGACCUGGUUCGGGACCCUAAACAUCUCUGGUCUCCGUAUGGAUUACGGAGCCUGUCCGCAUCUCACCCGGAGUUCGGGCAAGGAGAGAACUAUUGGAAGGGUCCUAUCUGGAUACAGAUGAAUUAUCUAGCUUUACGCGCUCUCCACCAGACCUAUGCCAACCAGCCAGGUCCUUAUCAGAAGCAGGCCCAAGAGAUCUACGUCGAACUCCGAAGGAACGUCGUCGAUAACGAGUACAAGCGCACGGGAUACGUCUGGGAACAAUACGAUGCGCUCACGGGCGAGGGUAGAAGAAGUCACCCUUUCACCGGAUGGACGUCUAUGGUUGCCUUGAGUAAGUCGGAUUAG